AACCGCUCUACGCAGCGGCCAGCACUAGCAGGCCUCCCUUUCUCCUUCUGGCGAAAUUGCAAACUCUCUCUCAGGGGGAGCGUCUCUGCAAAUCUUCUCUCUCUCCUUCCCUGCUUGCACUCGUCAUUCGUGAAAAUCCGUGCUUCCAUGAAAAGCUUGCUGCUUUUCAUUCCCAAUAAGUGCUGAGCUUUUCUUCUUUCUUCCAUUCCGCACAUGGACAUGGCUGUACCAUAGUUUAACAAUUCCAUUCUCCUUUUUUGUGAAACUGGGGGAACCAAAAUCGACAUGCAAAUGCUUCAAACUCACCAUCUUCUCUUGUUUUGAGGACAUUUCAAGUUUGAACGUUUUGAUUAUUACACAUCGCAGCUUUGGGAGUGAUUUUAAGUAAGCAACGGGAGCGAGUGAUGAAGAACGACGAGCAAACUCGCAGUCUGUUCGGUAUUUCGCUCUCUGACAGGCCCAAAUGGCAGCAAUUUCUCAUUUGUUCUUCUGGCUUCUUCUUUGGAUACCUUGUUAACGGCAUCUGCGAGGAGUAUGUGUAUAACAGGCUCCAUUUCAGCUACGGAUGGUACUUCACAUUUGUUCAAGGAUUUGUUUAUCUGUUUCUGAUUUACCUCCAAGGCUUCACAAGCAAGCAAAUGGUGAACCCAUGGAAAACCUAUGUGAAGCUCUCUGCUGUCCUCAUGGGUUCACAUGGCCUAACAAAGGGAUCUUUGGCUUUCCUGAACUACCCUGCACAGAUAAUGUUCAAAUCCACAAAGGUGCUACCAGUGAUGAUAAUGGGUGCCUUCAUACCGGGUCUGAGAAGGAAGUAUCCAUGUCAUGAAUAUGUGUCAGCAGUACUUUUGGUGGCGGGCUUGAUUCUAUUCACUUUAGCAGAUGCACAAACAUCACCCAAUUUCAGUGUCAUUGGCGUUAUAAUGAUAUCCGGUGCUUUGGUCAUGGAUUCCUUUCUGGGAAAUCUGCAAGAAGCAAUCUUCACAAUGAAUCCCGAGACCACACAGAUGGAGAUGCUCUUUUGCUCUACUGUAGUGGGUUUGCCUUUCCUAAUCCCACCUAUGCUUUUAACUGGAGAGUUAUUCAAAGCUUGGACUUCAUGUUCACAGCAGCAUCCCUAUGUUUAUGGCGUGUUAGUGUUUGAAGCGAUGGCCACUUUUGUUGGCCAAGUCUCUGUCCUCUCCCUCAUUGCCAUUUUUGGUGCGGCCACAACAGCGAUGAUAACAACUGCAAGAAAGGCAGUGACAUUAAUGCUGUCAUACUUGAUAUUUACAAAGCCGUUGACAGAACAACAUGGGACUGGACUACUGCUUAUAGCCAUGGGAAUCACACUGAAGAUGUUGGCUGAAAAUAAGCCUACCAACACCAACAAGGCCUUGCCCGCUUCUCCUACUGGUAAUAAUCAAGAGUUGACGACCACUCACACAGAUGAAGAAAGGAGGCCAUUAGUUUAAAUGCCUGUUUUACUUCUAUGCAUUGCCGUUUAUUAUUCAGCAAGGACCAAAUGAUGCAUUUUUAUUUUUAUUUUUUUAGCGAAAUAAGAAAUGAAGAUAAAUGACAAUCGAGGGAGUGAGUUUAAUAUGCACCUUCACUUUUUUUUU